AUGAACUUCGUUCCUCUUUAUAGAUCAAUUUUGAAGGGGAUUCAUACCGCAAAACAACAUCCAUACCACCUGCAAGAUAUACGUUUCAUCCUUUCGUACCCGCUCGUGAAACCGGUGUAUUAUGCGACCAAACCGAACAGCGAGUUGAAGCAACUGGAGCCCCUGCAGGGAAUUGACACCCCGCUCCUUGUCCGAACUUGUCUUGAGGACCUCCGCAGGGCUUUCAUGUCUGUGCCUUCGAAAGACAUGUCGGUGGCGCAGCAAUUCGUAUACAUGCGUGAGUUGGGGUGGUUGAAGUGUAGAUUGGAGAAUAUUGCUAGCGAGUCGACUGAUGCAAUUCUCAAAGAAGCACGCGUGGUUGCUUCCGAAGUGACGGAUGAUGACUUCCUAGACGACCAAAUCAUUGUGCGACAGGGCCGCCCCAACAAUAAAGAACUUCAGUGUGUACAGACAGGUAAUAAUGGGAGUGAAAUGGGGGAUUGUGGGUACGGAGUGGCAUCUGCGGGUGCAAUUGGGCUGCGCUAUGAGAUGUUCAUUCUUCAAAACGUCGCACCGUUACCACUUGUUAAGGAAUUUCUUUCUUCCUUCUCCCAGAACACAGAAGCCGCUGCUGCUGCUGCAACGUCUAACCAGAAAUUGCAGGAAUUUGCUAGGCGCUACGUACCGCGUACCGUAGUGUGUCAGAAUGAGGACCUCACACUGACAAUCACCGUGAACGCAUUUGAUGCGGCAUUAACCCGCAAAUCAACGGAAGAAAACAACCCCUUCGCACGUGUGCAUCGUUACUUCAUGAUUCGCUUUGACUUAUCUCCAAGUGACCCCUUAGUUUUGGGUGUGGAUGUUGUCAACUCGUACUUUCUUAGGUUGGACGCUGGGUCAGCUGAGCUUGUGGAGGACAUUGGGUACCUUCAUGCUGCCGAUGUCUGGAAAUUGUCCCAGGAGUUGAGGGUGAAAGGCAGCGGGAGCAGCACCGAUAGCGACGACACCAAAGACAAUGGCUGCGUCGACGGCAGCGUAAGUAGUAAAGAGCACGCCGCUGAAGGAAAUGUAAACUGCAUGGACCACAAUGAGCACGAACACAACCCUACAUCGCAUUUUGAGUUGAGUUUUAUAAAUCCGUCGGACGGACCUACAAUCAUGAAAGGGCAAUUGUACUACACGCUGCGAACAAAAUCUAGCGCCUCCGCCUCCAAAAUGAACGUGGGUGUCAUUUCGUUCGGGCACAUUCUUUUGUUUAACGACGAAUAG